AUGCCGAAGACGCCAAACCUUUCCCCUCUCAUGACGUCGACACCGCCCUCACCGGCUUCACGGCCGUCGCCUAAGCGCAGAGGGUCGUCGGAGAUUUCCUCGACUACCGUGUACGACGUCAGCGCCAUCUACGUGGUGCCCCUCUGCGCCUCCAACUUCUUCCUCAUGAUUGGCUCCUCGGUCGUGUUCCUGAGCAGCCUGUACGCCACGUUCGACCCCAACGAUUCGGACACGCCUUCGUCUACGGAGCCCAGCACGUGGUUGGCAGGGCUGCUGUUUCACCUGGAGACCGUGCUCAUGGUAUCGUCGGGCUUACUUUUCCUUGCUGCCUCUGUGGGUCUUCUGGGCGUCGUGAGGGAGAACCUGUUCCUGCUGAAGGUCUACGGUUACGCGAUGCUGUUCCUGGUGGCGCUAGGCUUGGGUGCGUCCAUGUUGGCCGCGGGUAUACCAUGGCUUGCGCAAAGCUUCGUCACCGACUACGUGACCGAGGACUUCGUGGUCCACUACAGAGACAAGGCCGACUACAAGAACACCAUCGACUACCUGCAGACGUCCCUGGACUGUUGCGGCAUGUCCCAGGCCGGCUACCGGGACUGGCAGGCGAACGCGUACUUCGCCUGCAACAAGACCAACCCCAGUGCGGAACGGUGCAGCGUUCCGCCGUCCUGCUGCCGACGUACGCCGGACUAUGGACUAAUAGUACAGGACGCUCCCAAACACAGCGCACAUCCUACCGUCCCCAGCACCCUGUGCGGACGCGGAGUGCUUCGCAUGGCCGAGCGCGAUGCUUGGAAGGACUGUGUAUCGUGGCCAGCAGUCUAUGCUGCACGCGUACGAACGCUCCCUGAGGAACGAUAAGGCGCGGAGUGCCGGAGUCGCUGCCGUGAAUACGCCACGUUCUCCAGCGCCAGUGCCGUCCUCUACCGACGUUGGGACCCCUGGCGGCCACCGUGUCUGGUGAUAACAGCCGGACCCGUAGCUCUCAGCUCCCUGGUGAUGAUUUGGGACCUGUGGAGGUCCAUGCGAAAGUGACACGCGCCGGGCCGACAGCAGACUGAGAUUAACGUAAACGACGUGAAAGCAUCGGGUGCUAUCUCUCCAGCAACAAGAAAAACUUGGCGGAAAUAUAGCAG